AGUGACAUUGUGCAGCAAAAUACAACCAGUCCUAUAUCUGGUAGUAGAGAUGCAUUAUGGAAUUAAAUUAGGCUAAACCCUAAAGUGAAGUACUUAACAGGCUGCUUAGCCUGCCAGGUCAAAGCUACGAAGGAAGUCAAACAGCCGACAUAAGCAGCUGACGUAAGCAUUCAGCCAUCAGCACAUCACAAGACAAGCUUCAAGCCAGAGACUAGCCUGUACAGACGCUAAGGAAAAACAAGCACAUUGGGAAGCAGUGGUUUGGCCAUGAGAAAAUUUAACUUCAAAAAGCAAGAUGGAGCAGCUAACACAUCAACAGCACAGAGCAAACUGGAGCAAUCGGAGAAGCAGGAAAACGCCUCCUCUAGUGCUCAGAGGAAAUGUGACACAGCAGGGAAUGAAAAUCUUAUUUGUGAAGAAAAACAGUUAAAUGAGAGGGCAAUGGCUAAACCAAACCUAGGUGUCCUCUUCAGGGUCCCAUUGGUGAUCAACUGCAUGAAGGGGAUUCUGAAAGCCCAAAGGCGAAUGAAGAUAGGUGGCUCUUUGCUAAAGAGGCGUAAUGAACAAGAUGAGGCCUCCAACACCAAUGAGCUUGCAGAAGCCAGAAUUCAUGAUCUCAUUAAACGCAUGCGGGAGAGAACCAGUCAUUACAAGGAGAAUCUGGCUGACGCAGACAUGUCAUCAGAUGAACUGAGUCCCACAACAACUCCAGCCAAAAAGACACUUCCUAAAGAUCCACCUCCACCUACUAUAAAAGAGGAAGAAGAAGGCAGCGAUAAGGAAAAAGAUGCUGAACAGGGAACGCAGCCAGCACCAGAAGAGGAACACUACUGCAAUAUGCUCUGCUGCAAGUUUAAGAGACGCACAUUUAAACAGUACCUUAAUAAGUUUAAGAUGCCUGAAUCCAUCGAUGGUUAUACAGAUCCCUUCUAUCUGUUUUGGCUGCUUCUUGUUGCUUUGUCAUUCAAUUGGAACCUCUGGUUCAUUCCCCUCCGAUGUGUGUUUCCAUAUCAAGGCUCGGACAACAUCUUGUACUGGAUGAUCAUUGACUACACAUGUGAUGUUUGCUAUCUUUUGGAUAUUUUCAUGUUUCAGUCACGUCUACAAUUUGUAAAAGGAGGUGACAUAAUUACAGAGCAAAAACUAAUAAGGAAAAACUAUUGGGACUCUGCAAAGUUCCGGCUUGACAUAGCAUCUGUGGUUCCAUUUGAUCUCCUGUACGUAGUCUUUGGAUUCACACCAGUCUUAAGAGUAAACCGUAUGCUAAAGUAUAGAACAUUCUUUGAAUUUAAUGAUCGACUAGAAUCUGUCCUCAAGAGAGCAUAUAUUUACAGGGUGAUUCGAACAACUGGUUACCUCCUGUUUAUUCUUCAUCUUAAUGCAUGCAUUUAUUACUGGGCCUCCGUCUAUGAAGGAAUUGGGAGCACUAAAUGGGUUUACGAUGGAAAUGGCAACAUGUAUCUGAGAUGUUACUACUUUGCAGUACGCACUUUGAUCACAAUAGGCGGUCUUGCUGAACCUCAAACAUUAUUUGAGAUACUUUUCCAACUGCUAAAUUAUUUCUCUGGCGUCUUUGUCUUUUCAAGUUUAAUUGGACAGAUGCGUGAUGUGAUUGGUGCUGCAACUGCAGGACAAAGCUAUUACCAUGACAGCGUGGACAAAACUGUCUCCUAUAUGAACGCAAAUAAAAUCCCCAAAUAUGUGCAGAGCCGUGUGAGGACCUGGUAUGAGUAUACAUGGGAUUCACAAGGAAUGUUAGAUGAUUCUGAACUCAUGGACGACAUGCCAACAAAAAUGCAGCUGGCUAUUGCCGUCGAUGUGAACUUGACUAUUGUCAGCAAUGUGGAUUUAUUCAAAGGUUGCGAGCAGCAGAUGAUUCACGACUUGCUGCUGAAGCUGAAAUCCAUUGUCUAUUUACCAGGUGAUUUUGUUUGCAAAAAGGGGGAGAUCGGACGAGAGAUGUAUAUCAUUAAGCAGGGGGCCGUACAGGUUCUAGGUGGGCCUGAUGAUACGAAAAUCCUGGUGACACUGAAGGCUGGGGCUGUAUUUGGAGAAAUCAGCCUCCUGUCCAUUGGUGGAGGAAACAGGCGUACUGCCAAUGUGGUGGCCUAUGGAUUUGCCAAUCUCUUUAUUUUGGAUAAGAAGAGUCUCAGUGACAUUUUGGUUCACUAUCCUGAAUCAAAGAAGCUUCUGACAAAGAAAGCUAAGAAAUUACUGAAGGAUAAGGGAAAACCAGCAGCACCCGCUGUGGUAAGAAAAGGCUUUGCUCACCUGAUCCCCACAAAACAUGGGACUCCCCGGCUGUUCCAAACCUUACUGUCGGCUGCCGCUAACAAACCGGGAUUCCGUCUGCUACAGAGAGUGGGAAAACUACAGGCUGAGCAGGGAAAUCCAGGGAUUAGCGGUUCAGAAAUGCCCUUAAAUCAAGGAGAGCGGGAGAAGAGCAAUAAUUUGAAAGAGGAACAAGAGCCCUGCAAGCCAGCGGCAAGCAGCCAGGGAGAUGAAGAGAAGAAGGAUAAUGGGGCUUCAUCAAAGACAAAUGUCCAAACAGAUGCCAAGAACAAGUCUUACAUUAUAACAAUGUCUCCCUCAACCAAGGCUGGGGAAGGAGAAGUUCUCACCGUGGAAGUCAGAGAACCUGUGAAGAGAGCUUGACAGGCUGAAAGGCCUCACCAUUCAAGGCGCAGCACCAACAAAGUAUAGAUGUGUUUCAGGGAACGCAAUUAUUACUAUUAUUUAUUUAUGAAGUAUAAAGUUGCAGGAUACACAAUUGGGGAGCUUACGCACUAUGAGCCUGAUGCUGAGUCAGAAGUAAAUCAUAAGUAUGUUACUCAAAAGAAUCACGUACUGAAAAACAUACCUACCCAUAUAUAGUUACCCAACGAGCUGUAAUCACAUCUGUGUGUGCAGGAUCUGCGCCUGGUUUGCUACUGGUUAUCAUCAGCUGUGUGUUCUUGCACCUGCCUGGUGAUAGGUCAGAAGAUACGCCUCUAAAGGGGCUUUUUUGCUCUUAUGACCAGGUUGCGCAUUUGCAUGGACACGCCCUCAAUGAGCCCCACCUAUGCUGCUACCUAGUUCAGUCUCUUCAGUGGAAAGCAUAGAUGAAGUCGAAAUGAACUUUGCAGCGCCCGUACUUGUGUGCGCCCAUUUUUGUAGCAGUGUAAAUCUCUGCAAGGUGAGCUCCAUAAACAGGUGUACAGUACAUUCAACUCCACAUCAGUCCUAACAUGUUGAAGUACUUGCAAAGCCAAAAUUAUAUUUACACUGUCAGAAAUGCUAGCAGGUGCUACUUAUUAGACUACAGUAUAUGAUAUAAAAUAUCAUCUUUAAAAAUUACAGACUAUGGAGGUGAUUCAGAUCUGAUUGCUGGGCUGCUAACUUUACUGUCCUGCGUUCAGAUAGUCGCCGCCUCAAGGGGGAGUGUAUAUUUGUCGUGCAAGUGUGCGAUCGCAUGUGUCUGCCGAGCUGCUAAAAUUCAGUGUGUGCAGUCUCCGCGCAGCCCAGGACUUACUCCUACAGUGCGAUCACAUCAGGCUGAUCGUGGCCGGAGCUGACGUUAGACAAUAGACACCCUCCCUGAAAACGCUUGGGCACGCCUGCGUUUUUUCCAGACACUCCCAAUAAAUUCUCAGUUACCACCCACAAACAGCUUCCUCCUGUCAAUCACCUUGCAAACGCCUGUGCGAACGGAUGUUUUGCACCAUCCCGUCGCUGACCGGCAAUGUCCAUUCUUGUUGUCCGAUGUGCGUGCGCAUUGCAGUGCAUACGCAUGCGCUGUAAUGACCAGAUUGCCUGCUGUGCGAAAACACACAGCAGCAAUCAGAUCUGAAUGACCCCCUAUAUACAGAUAUAGCCAUGCUCAUCUUAUUGUGAUGCGGCAUGCUGCAUCACUGCAUGCUCAAUGGCUGGCAUGCCAUGUUGCAGCAUGCUGCAUCACAGUAAGAUGAGCAUGGCUACAUCUGUACACACAUGAGUGUGGUAUAAAAUUGGUUCCAUACAGUACAGUCAAUGUUAGGCUGAACCUUGGAUAGCAGAAUUCAAAUUUAUAAAGAGUUGGGUUUUAAGAUAUGCUUAAUUAGAAUGAUGCAGUUUUGUCAUUAUUAAUAAAGUUAUUGUGAUUAUUGGUACUGAUUUCUUAUGUCUUAGAGUUAAGUUUUUUGGGAUCAACAUAACAUUUUUUUCAUAAACUCCAGUGGCAACAGACACUGAAAUCUAUACAAAGUUUUGGGCUGGGGCAUGAAUGAAGGGCCUACUGGUGGCAUGCAGUGAUAGGGACCCAUGCUUAAGGGGUGUUGUCAGCCCCCACAGGGGCUUGGCCAGACAUUAGAAAUCAAGUAACCAAUCCAUACAUGCCAACAUUCUGGCUGCCUCCUCCGAGAGGAGACAGCCAGGACGGCAAAGUGGGGGGCAUGGCUUCGGCAUGAGAGGGCGUGGCAAGGGGCAGUGACACCAAAUUGGGGGGGGGGGGGGCGUGACAGCAGAAUCCAGUCAUCACCCCGCUACACACUGCCAAGAUUACCGGCGUUGUGAGUGAGGGGGCAGGGCCGCGAUAACGCGAUUCUGCACAAAUUGCCUCGGGUUGGGGGGUCCAGCCAGGAAACUUGCCCACUCUUCCAGGAGGCCAGGAGCGACACACGAUUUUCAGGAGCCUCCCGGGUAUUCCCAUCAUAGGGUACCAAUGUUUAAUUCGAGUGCAAUGUGGAACCUGAUGUCUGUGCAGUGGCGGUUCCUGAAGUGGGGCUGCUGAACAGCCCAAAACUUUAAUAGGGGAGCCACACCAAAUGCCAAUUCUGGCUGGCGAUGUUUGGCACUGUUUGGGGGGCAGUUGGUGUGGUUCCCCUAUUUUAAUUUUGGACUGCAUUGCAGCCCCACAUCUGGAACCACCACUGCAUUUGUGGCAGGAGUGUGGUCACCAGAGAUUUCCCCUGUACCCCUUGAGCCAGUCUAAUCCUGGGGAUAUUACUCUAAUAUUUACUAAAUUACCAAGCUUGUGUAUAAUAUUUAAAAAAUCUACCAGUAAUGAAUGUUCGAUUCAUCUUAAUGAGCAAGAUGAGUCCUUCAACAUAUAUUAUUUAACCAUAAAUUACUACUAUAAAAAGCUAAAUGCAUAUGCCAUAUUAAAAAUGUAAAUAUAUCAAAAUACCACAGUCAUAUAAUGCAGCAAGAUAGAUGGAUAUUUUAUAGUGUAUCACUUAGCUUUAAAUACAUUUCUGCUUGUCAGAAAAAUGUCCCUGGCACGUAUUUCACUGUAUUCAGCAUCUGAGGUGUUUUUUAGUUAUUUAUUUAUUUAAAAUACAAUUAUUGUUCUGUCCCAAAGUAAUGCUGUUGCUUACAGAAGGUCACUUCUAAUGGCAGCAAUGGAUAAAAGCUUAUAUGUGAUUGAUAUUCUGUAUGUUCUGUCCAUGUGUUUCCAUCUGCGUCAUUACUUUUUAUUAUAUUCCAUAGGACACAUUAUAAAUUGCAUUUGUAUUGUAAUGCAACAUGCAAAAGAAGUAAAAAUGUGACAUAAUGAGCAAUGAAGAAAUAAACUUCAGUGUGGUUAUUUACUAUCAGAA